AUGGUGGUCUUAUUAGCUGCCGUGCGUGUAUUUUGUCUGGCAUUUCCCCAUAUCGACGCGCUUCCUCAUAUCCAGGAGAUGAUGUCACAGUGUCUGGACACGUCUUUGCAAUGGUCACUUCCCCGUGCCGCCAAUCGAGGCUUUGUCCAUCUUGUGCAGCAUCUUUUAUCGUGUCAACCGACUCGAAAUCUCCAUACACUUGCUCAAAUUCGCUCGGCAAUGCGAAACGCAGCAGCACAUAACCAUCUAAAUAUCAUGGAGAUAUUGUACGAUCAGUACCCAAGCGCUGUAAUUGACGAGGCAGUGGUGACGGAGGCUGCUUCCAAUGGACAUGUGGACAUUUUGAGGUGGAUUCGACCAAGACUGGCCGACUUGUUGCCUUGUUAUCGAGAUUAUGAUUUCUAUACACUGAAAAGUGUGGCAUUAGCAGCUGAAAACGGGCAUUUGGCGGUGGUGCAGUGGCUUUUUGAAGCUCGAGGAAUGGAAAUCGAGCAUGUCCAGACGGAAACGCAUUUACAUGAAGCUGCGGCAAGAGGUGGACACUUGCAUGUGAUUAAGUGGCUUCGAAAAUAUUCUACAGAGAUAAUUGAGUCUCAAGCACUGGACGAAGCAGCAGCUGGAGGGUUUUCAGAGAUUGUUGAGUUUUUGCAUGCCGAGUGGGCGGAGGCGAAACUUAAGCGCAAUCGCAGCAGUUGUCGCGCUUCGACAAAGGCAAUGAGCAAAGCAGCUGGUAAUGGACACUUGAAAAUGGUAAAGUGGCUGCAUGAGUAUAGAAAAGAGGGGUGCACCGUGGAAGCAAUGAAUCGAGCAGCUUGGAACGGACACUUAGAUGUUGUGCGCUGGUUGCACAAUUAUCGCACAGAAGGAUGUACGCAGCAAGCGAUGAAUAUGGCUGCUAAGGGAGGUCAUUUGGAGGUAGUACAGUUCCUUCACAAACAUCGGAGCGAAGGUUGUACGUACAGCGCGAUGAACUGGGCAGCACAAGAGAAUCACCUUGAUGUCGUUCAAUGGCUACAUGAUAAUCGUGCGGAAGGGUGUUCGCGGCUUACUAUGAACGAAGUCGCAAAGCGUGGAAACUUGCAAAUUCUUCAAUGGUUGCACAAAAAUCGAGCUGAAGGCUGCACUGUUGCCGCCAUGGAUGCUGCCGCAACGCAUGGAUAUUUGGAAAUAGUGCAAUUCUUGCAUUUUAAUCGCUCCGAAGGGUGCACGGCCGCCGCAAUGGAUGGUGCGGCUGCAAACAAUCACCUAGAGAUUGUCAAGUGGCUACAUCAAAAGCGUAGCGAUGGAUGCUCAAGACGUGCAAUGGACAUGGCCGCUCGUAACGGUCACAUAGAAGUGGUAAGGUGGCUAGACAGUCAGCGAAAUGAGGGAUGCUCAGCAAGUGCAAUGGAUGGAGCAGCUGAAUGCGGCCACUUGAAUAUUGUUCAAUUCCUUCACUCGAAUCGUACAGAGGGAUGCACAAUUCGUGCAAUGAAUGGGGCCGCAGGAAAUGGACAUUUAGAGAUUGUACAGUGGCUACACGAAAAUCGUCACGAAGGCUGCACUACGGACGCUAUGGAUGACGCUGCCAAAAACGGGCAUCUGGAAGUCAUGCACUUUUUGCACGCUCAUCGCCAAGAAGGCUGCACAGUACGCGCACUAGACGUGGUAUCCACUAGAGGUGACUUAGUAAUGCUGGAAUGGCUUUGCUCAAAUUGUCACCAGAACGUUGAAGAGUGGCCAAUUCACGCCGGACUGAACGCAAUUAUGACCGACCGCAUUGAGAUACUGCACUGGUUGCUCAGGACCUUUAAUGCAUCUGCAGUGUUGGAUGUGAGAAUUCUCUAUAAUGCCGCACAUUAUCACAACCGGUCGCAUAUAUUGGCAUAUCUUGAUGGCCACUGGACAAUAGACAAUAACAACCUGUGCCCAGAUUAUCGAUCAUAUUGGAUUCUUUACUUCAAUACCCAAGGUUAA